CUACCACAACUACUACUGUCACCACCAUCCCAGUCCUCUCUCCCACUAGUACACACGCACAUACUCACCAGCCAUGAAGCUCGUACUGCUUGUCUGCCUGGCCGCCGUAGCCAUCGCCGCCCCUGACUUUCACGGUCUACCGCCCGUAGUGAUCCUCCGUGACGACCGUCAGGACAGCGGUGACGGCAACUUCAACUAUGCCUUCGAGGCCGACAACGGUAUCGCUGUGGAAGCCUCCGGCACCCCUGGCUCAGCUGGCCAGAGCAACAUGCAGGGGGUGUACAGGUUCCCGCUCCCCGACGGCACCUUGGCUGAGAUCCGCUACGUCGCCGACGAAUUAGGCUUCCGUCCCGAGUCUCCCCUGCUGCCCCAGCCUCACCCCCUCCCUCCCCACGCCAUCGAGCAGAUCCGCAUCGCCGAGGAGCAGCGCGCCCAGGGCAUCACCUUCGAAUGAUCCACUGAUGACCUGCACUUUCGAAUCUGUGGGAAGAUAAUGUAUAUGGGUCCCGCGUGGCUGUGUGAGAGAGAGCUUAAAAAUAUGAAUGAAUUGUUAACACGUUUAACGAAUAAACUAUUAAUAUAUCUGUA